AUGGGUCACAGUAGCAUGUCGGAAAAGAAGGAGAAGACAGACCCGGAGUCGGCUCAGCUAAGCAGCCGAGUUGGACACGAAGAGAUUGAGAAGUCUGGCCAUCGCAAUGGCUGCAGCCAAUCAGUUCUGGGCUGGUCACGUUCAUUGCAUUCAAGGUCAUUCGACUACAGUCUGCUCUACCGCUCCACCGGCUUUAGGGCCUGUCGGCCUGAGCCGCUUGUCUCGCACUCCGGGGCCUCUUGUUUGCUCCAACUCGCCAGGUGCAGCCCUGUGCCCCUUGCCCAUGCCGCGGGGAUUCAGCGUCUGCACUCGGGCCCUAGCGUGACUCAUCACUGCAUGAGCCAAAUCUACUUUCGGCCUCUCCCCUACCGCUCAAUUGUCUACAUUGACCGAUCCGUUGUGGAAUAUCGGAGACGAUUUGUUUUGAAGACUCUUUUUCUCAAUUCAUAG